GAAAAAGAAAAAGAAAAAGCAAGUUCUAGCUGCGCGAAUGCACAAAACAACACGAGGCGAGGUACUUUGGAGCUGCAAAAGAGUGAACGGCACUGGCAUGUAAAAAAUUAAAAAGAAAAAAGAAAAAGAAAAGAGCUAUAAUUCUCAUUUGCUGAACCUCAAUUUUCAUUCUCCGUAAGGAAAGAAUUUAUAGACAAUUCAGUGAAACACUUGAGUCACACUGUACGAUAGUAGAAGCCGUCUCCCCUCACUGCCAACUAUAAGUUCCUUCCCUCUUCAAUCCAAGGUGAAAAUGCUUUUUGACAGAAGCAAAAUUAAAUAUUUGUGUAGAGCUUUGGUCUGAUUGAAAUUUGAUUGGUAUAAUGGCCAACUUUAAGGUCUUACAUGAGGUUUCCUAUUGUAGAAGUUCAGGUAGGAGGGACCAAAUAUGCAAACAGCUUUUCAACUUCAUCCUAUAAUUUUCUUUUCUAGCAGAAAGAACUCUAUCAAAUCUGAUGGGUGGAUGAAACUAGGAGGUUGGAAUUCAAGUCGACUUGGUGUGACUGCAAGAGGUCAGUCUCUUAGAUUUCUAGCACCCAUCCACAAAACCAGAUUGUUUGUGAUUUCCAACACAGAUGAUGGCCACCAAUAUGCCCCUGUGCUAGAAGAAGACAACAAUACAAACCAUGCACCCUGUUCAGAACCGGAGACAUUCUUUAGCAAAUGGUCUCCUCCAAGGUACUUGUGGAGAGGAUUGUCUGUUCUUGUCCUUGCGGGACAGGUUAUUAUUAGGACUCUAAAGGGAAAAGUUCACUGGAAGAAUACCCUCCAACAACUGGAGAGAGUUGGACCUAAAUCAGUUGGUGUUUGCCUUCUGACCUCUGCAUUUGUUGGUAUGGCCUUCACUAUUCAGUUUGUUAGAGAAUUUACCCGAUUGGGUUUGAACCGAUCAGUUGGUGGGGUGUUGGCCUUAGCCUUCUCAAGGGAGCUAAGUCCGGUGGUUACAUCAGUUGUGGUUGCGGGGCGAAUUGGAAGUGCGUUUGCUGCAGAAUUAGGAACGAUGCAGGUUUCUGAGCAAACCGACACGCUGAGAGUUCUUGGAUCGAACCCUGUUGAUUAUUUGGUCACGCCCAGAGUGAUUGCUUCCUCUUUAGCUUUACCAUUUUUAACUCUGAUGUGUUUCACAAUGGGCAUGGCAUCAAGUGCCCUUCUGGCUGAUGGUGUUUAUGGGAUUAGCAUUAAUAUCAUCCUAGAUUCAGCUCAAAGGGCUCUGCAAUCAUGGGAUAUAAUUAGUGCAAUGAUCAAGUCACAGGUUUUUGGUAUGAUCAUAUCUAUUGUGAGCUGUGCUUGGGGAGUUACCACCAUGGGAGGAGCCAAAGGUGUGGGCGAGUCAACAACUUCAGCUGUGGUUAUCUCUCUUGUUGGUAUAUUUAUGGCUGAUUUUGCACUCUCGUAUUGCUUCUUCCAAGGAGCUGGAGAUUCUUUGAAGAAUUGUGUGUAAUGAGGCUGGCCUGUUUGUUGGCAUCUUCUACAGUUUUCUCACUGGUGUUGUUUGAUGGAUGGCACCUAUAGAGACAGAUAACAUAUUAGCAAAAAUCGUAGGUUAUGUAAAGUCCAGCAGUGUUUUAUUAAUAUUACCAGCCUGUACCUUCCAUGUCCAAUUCUCAAGAGACUCAGUGUUGAAGUAAUUUCAGUAGAAUCAAGAAAAAUGUACUUUUUUGGGUCAGUUAAGGCCACCAAAUUUCGAUAAAAUUGCUUUCUAUGAAAACUACUUUCUAUUCACUAA